GUGGAGGGGAUUGAUAGGCCCGGUUACUUGUUGGCGGGUGUUGGAGUUCCGGGAAGUCGGUCGCUCUAGCUGUCAUUGUCCGUGGUUUCCGGUCGCUGAGGGUCGAAUUUCCGAGCAGGGGAGGGCGCGCGAUCAAGUCGGCGCCAAGUCGACAACUUGGAGCAUGUGAAGUAACCAAGGAAACUGAAUUCCAGUAUGUGGUAUAUUAUGCAGAGCAUCCAGAGUAAAUAUUCUUUGUCGGAGCGCUUGAUCCGGACUAUAGCAGCCAUCCGAUCCUUCCCGCAUGACAAUGUUGAAGACCUAAUAAGGAGGGGAGCAGAUGUCAACUGUAUGCAUGGCACCCUGAAACCAUUGCACUGUGCUUGCAUGGUCGCUGAUGCAGAUUGCAUUGAGCUACUGUUGGAAAAAGGAGCUCAGGUCAAUGCCCUUGAUGGCUACAAUCGAACAGCCCUUCAUUAUGCAGCUGAGAAGGAUGAGACGUGUGUGGAGAUCCUUUUGGAAUAUGGGGCAAAUCCCAAUGCACUGGAUGGCAAUAAGGACACCCCGCUGCACUGGGCUGCCUUUAAAAAUAAUGCUGAGUGUGUCCGAACACUUUUGGAAAGCGGUGCCUUUGUCAAUGCUCUGGAUUACAACAAUGAUACUCCUCUGAGCUGGGCAGCAAUGAAGGGCAACCUGGAGAGUGUCAGCAUCCUCCUGGAGUAUGGGGCUGAGGUCCGGAUAGUCAAUAUGAAGGGGCAGACCCCAAUUUCAAGGUUGGUUGCCCUGCUGGUCAGAGGACUUGGCACUGAGAGGGAAGAUUCCUGCUUCGAUCUCCUUCACAGAGCCGUCGGACACUUUGAAUUGCGGAAGAAUGGUGCCAUGCCGCGUGAGGUCAUGCGAGAUCAGCAGCUUUGUGAAAAGCUUACCACAUUAUGCUCUGUCCCAGGCACGUUAAAGACACUGUCGCGCUACGCUGUGCGCCACAGCCUGGGUAUGCAGUUCCUACCAGAUGCAGUGAAGGAACUACCUCUGCCAGAAUCUCUGAAAGAAUAUGUCCUACUUAAAUGAUGGCUUCCUCUUUUUUUCGUAGGAUUGUGUUAACUGAGCAGAUUGGUGGGCCACUGUGGAGCUUCUCUCUUGGCAUUUCAUUCUUACAAUAGCAGCAGCAGCACAGAACAGGAUUUACAGAUAAGCCAGUCUGUAGCUGCUGGAGUCAGCUGGUGACAUCCUUGGUUUUAUUCAGUCCUUUCCCUUAGGUUCUCCAUUUACUGUAGUAACCUUCUGACCUUUCUUCAGUGAAGGAGGCUAGGAAAUGACUUCUUUGGCCUUUUAUGGCUAGGAGGCCAAGUGAAGCAGGCCUGAGUUCCAGCUCCUGAAGAAGACCUCUUCCUAAAUCCAGGAUUUGACUUCUGUUCUCUGUGAAAUAUUCACAAAGCCAGUUGUCUCCUGGUACUGCAAAACAAGCUGGGGUGGAUGAAGAAUGGCAACAUUUGCUUUAUUUAAACUCAUUACAUGCAUCAAAGCAUUUGAGUAAUCCAGUCUUCCUUAGUUUUGCUGACCUAAGUCAGCCUGUCCAUGCAUUUCAUUUUUUGUCUAUUGGUGAAUGAUUUCCCAGGAAUGUAAUGGCUUAAUGAAUCUGAAUAAAGAAAUCUGGUGAGCUGAUCAGCUCCUGUAGAGAUUAAGGGCUGUUCUCUUUUACGUUAGCUCUUUGGGUCUCUCACAUCCAGCUGCAGAGAUGCUCAGCAAGUGGAAAAGCAAGAGUUCUCUUAGAAGACCAAGAAUAGAGAAUUGCAGCACUUUGGGAACUGAAGCCAAAAAAGUUCUUCAGAGUGGGUGUGGGCAUGCAGUUGGCCUUUCUGCAUCUCCUUAAAAUAGCCAUGUGAUUCCAGAGAAUACCUUUUUGCAUUAAGGAGAUGCCUGCCAGGUGCUUUGGACUGGAUGUACGUGCCCAGUUGGUGCCUCCUUAACUCAAAUGCAUAAUUCUUAGGGUUGCUUGGCUACUGUGACCCCAGGAAAAGACUGCUUCUUUAAAGAGGCACUGCCAGGGAUGAUGUGCAUGCCCGCAUGUGCAUGCCCACCCCUGCUCUAGGGCAUCAUUUUGGUUUAGGAUCUCAAGUGCUGCACUUCAUUAAUCUGGAUCAUCUUUUGCUGUUGCUUUGGACCAGCUCUGUAUAUCACAAAACAAAGUGGCAGAAAUCUGAGGAGGAGAUGGUGGAGUGUAUUGCUUCAGCCUGGGUAAGGAAUUCGUGACAGGUAAGGAGAUGGGUGGGGAGGAAGGAACAAGCUCCCUCCAAUGAAAAAAGGAGAUAAUUUUUUUAAAUUCAGCCUUUCUUUAUAGUGCUAGUUUGUAUGUGUGAUCAUAAAAAGUAACAUUCAGGAAGGAGCAGGCUGACAAGCCUGUAGCUUGACUGGCUCACAUACUCUCACCUCAUCACGAUUAUUUGCAGAAACUUACCCCACCUGAGUGAUUGGAAGCAGCAAGUCAGUGGUGCUGGUUCUGGAGGCAUACUAAUGACAAUGGCAGCUUUGAAUCUUGCAUAGUGAUAGGGAAAUUUUUCCUGCCCAUGGUGUAUGCAUUUACCUAUUUUAUUCACAGCUUUGAAGCUUACCAGAAUAUUAUUUCACUUACUUACUAGCAGCUCCAGACAAUGCUGCUAGGGUCAUACUGAGCCUAGCAACAAUGGAACUAUCUAGUAUAGUCAGCUUCCGGCUUGCUUGAAUAUGCUUUAUUAUCAUACAGUUUUAGUAUGCACGAGUGAAGAAAUGGCAAAGCAAGUAUUCAUUUUUGAAGAAAUUAAGGCAUCUUCCAAAUGUUUCAAGGUGUUCUCCCAUUUGGCGCAAGUCCCACAGUAUUUCAGAAUACUUAUUUCUUUUCUUGCCAUACAAUUAUGAUUGUAAUUCUUAUUUUGUGCCAGGCUUCUGUUGCUUCCAUGCCUUGAUCUGUCUUAAUCAAAAUGGAAAAUUGGGUGUGGCAAAGCUAAUUUAUUAAGUCCUGUAUCUGUAAUUUCUUAAAAUGUUGAUCACUGUAAAGUUAUAGAUGUGUAAAAUGGUAGACGUGUUUCUUUCAAAAAUAAUUCUCUUGGUUCAGACAAAUGAAGCAGCAUUCUGAUGCAGGGGAACUCAGAUAAAGGUCUUAAGAGGCCCAGCUGCCCCCUUUAGACAUUUGGGGCUUUAAGUGCCAAGAGUCUCAGUGAGCAAGUCCAGUGGCAAAGGGGUGGGGAGGGCACUGUAGCUGCAACCACUGUUUUACCUAUUUGGCUUCAGAAAUGGAAUUGUAAUUUCUGAAAAUAAGCCUGUUUCUUGGGUAUUCCCCCAAGUUUGUAGUAUUGGCUGUCACAUUGAUUCCUGGAGUGUCCCCUCCCCUGCUCAGGAUAAUAUCCUUGCUUCUAUUGUGAAGAAGGGGAGACGGGCAUUAGAAACCUAAACAGUUAUCUUGAAAAUUGGGCAAUGUGGGAAUAACUAUAUUGUUGAAAUAAUCAGUGUUAUAUGCUAUGACUCUGGAUUUUAGCAUCUACUUAACGUGAACAGAGCCAUCAUUCUGUUCAGAUGGGCUUCCUUUCUUAACAGCUCAGGCAAAUUGACAAUAAAAUGCCACAGUCUCACCUUUCAUACAGGAAUAGGGAUAUGAAAAAACAUUCUGUACAUAGAACUUCUGCAUUUGGAUAGCCAAUCACCACAGCUGGAACAUUUUUCACGUUUAGGCCCAUACACAGAACAAAAUGGGUCUGUUUUGUUCAAGAUGGGAGUUGGCCCACAGCCACUUGGAGGAGGAGGGGGGGAGAGAGGAAGCAAAGGGUAGCUACCUUGCCUUCUUUGCCCCAGGAAAUCUAGGAUUCAGAUUUUGUUUUAGCCCAAACCUAAAACAAUCACAACUUUCCAGAUUUUAUUUCUGCUGAAGUGCAGCUGAACCAAGAUGGUUUGGGAAAAAUUUCAAAACUUUUUUUUUUCUGUUCCAUUCAUACACCCUCCUCCCCCAAAGGAAUAAUUAAGUACAAUAUGACCCCUUUCCCUCUGCUAUCCCUUCUCUUCCAUUGAUCUGGAUCUGCUUACAAGAAAAAUCAUGCUGUAAGCUCAAAGUACUCUUUCUGAAGUGCUUGGUUGUGGAGGAAAGUGUGUUCAGUGAGCGGAUGACGUCGAUAUUAAAAACUUGUUGAUUAAA